AUGGUGUUCCUAUUCCUGCGUUGCCUUUUUGCAUCCAUCCUGUUUAAUGCGGGUGUUGCCUACGCCGUAAUCCUUGCGCUGCAGGUUCCCUUUUGCACAGUGGCAGGGAAGGAGUGCGCCAAGAAGCCCAUCACCGCGGCCAAUAUUCCGAUCUAUGCACUGAAACUUUGGAUCAUGAUCACAUUUCUCGCUUCCUUCUCCUACCUGGGCGCAGAUGGCCUUCCACUGUUUCUGGAGGCCCGUGCCAUUCUCACGUGGCUUCUUCUUCUUUUACCGCCCUCAUCGCAGAGUAAAGUGUAUGACACUGUUUUUGAACCUGUUCUAGAAAAUGCCGGGAAUUUUUUUAUUGGGUUUGAGAACAAGCGGAUGCUUGCGCGUGGCGCGGCAGUACUGGCGUUGCGUAGUUGCAUAGCAAUAGGGAUUUUCAUUGCGAGGACCACCAUACGCUACUGGGGUUCGGAACAUGAUGUCAUCCAUCACGUCCUGGAGAGUUUGCUACAUGCUUCUCGAUGCCUGCAAGAUACAGCGGUGAGGCAACCAGAGACUCUUGCAUACUUCAGUCCUUCAUCGCCUGUGCUGCUGGGGCCUACGUUGGCAUAA